AUGGCUACAAAAGCAGCAAAUACUCAGAGACAAAUUAUUGGCUGUGAGGAAUACAGUCUGUACAGUAGCUUGAGUGAAGACGACCUUAUAAAGAUGGCCAUCCAGCAGAGCUUAGAAGAGGACCCCAUGGGUCAGGCAGCCACCCAGAGCCACCAGAAGCCAAUGGUGGCUGGUCCCAGUGAGGUGGCCACCCCUAGCCGUGGCAGCAAUCACCACCCGCCCUACCACAUCUACCCUUGGCAAAGAUUGGCAGCCCAGCCGAGAGGCCGUGCUCAGCCAUCCAGCUCAGGGGCAGCCUGGGGGGUCAGGCGAAGGUACGACGGCAGCCCAUUCAGCACAGCACAGCCCAUAGAACUUGAUCCUGUAGUGGCAGCAAUCAAGGAUGGAGAUGAAAAUGCAGUAUGCAACAUGAUGAAAUCAGGAAAAGACCUUUCUGAACCUAAUAAGGAUGGCUGGAUACCCCUCCAUGAAGCUGCCUACUAUGGCCAAGUGGGUUGCCUGAGCCUGCUGCAAAAAGCGUACCCUGGCACGAUCGACCAGCGCACCCUCAACGAGGAGACGGCUCUCUACCUGGCCACCAGCCGGGGCAACCUGGACUGCCUGCUCACCCUGCUGCAGGCUGGAGCUGAGCCUGACAUCUCCAACAAGGCCAGAGAAACGCCGCUUUACAAAGCUUGUGAGCGCAAGAAUGCAGAGGCUGCACGACUCCUGGUACAGUACAAUGCUGAUACCAACCAUCGUUGCAAUCGAGGAUGGACUGCUCUCCAUGAGGCUGUCUCUCGAAAUGACCUGGAAAUUAUUGAUAUCCUUGUGAAAGGAGGUGCCAAGAUCGAGUCUGCAAAUGCCUAUGGGAUCACUUCUUUAUUUGUGGCAGCUGAGAGUGGGCAGUUGGAGGCUUUGAGGUACCUCGCAAAAUGUGGUGCUGAUGUAAAUACUCAAGCCAGUGACAAUGCCUCUGCUCUUUAUGAAGCCUGUAAAAAUGGACAUGUACAUAUCGUGGAGUUUCUUUUGUCCCAAGGAGCAGAUGCUAACAAAGCCAAUAAGGAUGGCCUGUUACCUCUUCACAUAGCAGCAAAAAAAGGGAUUUGCGAGAUUGUCUCCAUGCUGAUCCCCGUGACCAGCCGCACCCGCAUCAAGCGCAGCGGCAUCAGCCCACUGCACUUUGCGGCUGAACGCAACAACGACGACAUCCUGGAAGAGCUGAUUGACGCUGGCUACGAUGUCAACACCACCCUCUCUGAUGAACGCUCCUGCCUUUAUGAGGACAGGCGCACCACUCCGCUCUAUUUCGCUGUUUUUAACAACAACAUCUAUGCCACAGAGCUCCUGCUGCAGGCUGGAGCCAACCCCAAUGUCGACCUCAUUAACCCAUUGCUCAUAUCCAUCCGCCACGGCUGCUUGAAGACCAUGAAGCUGCUUCUUGACCACGGAGCAAAUAUUGAUGCUUAUAUAACGAGCCAUCCCACCACAUUUCCAGCCACCAUCAUGUUUUCUAUGAAGUACCUUUCCGUGCUGAAAUAUCUCCUGGAUCUGGGAUGUGAUGCAAGUUCCUGUUUUGAGUGUCAGUACGGAAAUGGACCACAUCCUGCAUUAAAUUACAGACGGGACAGACUUAACGAACCUCAGCUCUCCAAGGAGCCAACCGUAGUGCAGUUUUGUGAAAUGGUGUCUACUCCAGAGAUAAGUCGCUGGGCUGGGCCAAUCAUCGAUGUUCUGCUGGAUUACGUGGGGAAUGUGCAGCUCUGUUCCAGACUCAAGGAGCACAUUGACAGCUAUGAGGACUGGGCUGUCAUUAAAGAGAAAGCAGAGCCCCCACGACCUCUUUCCCAUCUUUGCCGCAUCAAGGUACGACGCCUGGUUGGAAGGAACCGCAUUAAGCUUCUUGACACCUUGCCUCUCCCAGACAGACUGAUUCGAUACUUACAGCAUGAUUACACACAGUGACCCUAGGUGCACUGGACAUGCAGCAGCUGCCCAGCAUGGCACUCAGUGUCAUCAGCAUGGCAGGGGUGCACAUCAUGCACAGUGGGAGGAAUUGCUGCUGGCUUGGUCAGGUGCCCUCCAAUGACUAAUCUAAAAGAAAUAUGCUUCUGAAGCACGAGUGAGAAGAAAAAGGAGGAGACAGAAAGCUAUACACUGGUCUGUCAGUUUUCCAGGAGAAAACACAUUCACCUCAGUUUGGUCUGCAAAGAACAAGAAACUAAAACCAAUGCUGAAAAAUGUGCAGUGUUAAAGCAAGUACCAGUGAGGAAGUCAGUGGUAUUCUGGUGUGUGAUGGAGUUCAGCAUCCUUGCUAUGAUCGCAAUUCAGAAAUUGUCAAGAGUCAAAAUGUUUAGGAAAAUAAUCACCUUUCCUUCACUGACUGAGAUUUUUGCUUUAGUUUCUAUAGUGGUGUUUGGAUUUCUAAGUGUGCUGGUUGGUAAUUCUCCAAUAACUUGGUACCAUUCUUGCUUACACUUUUACUUUCAUUUUUGGGAUCUUUCUUACUGAGUACUUGAUUUCUAAACAUUCACAUCUCUGAACAUUUUUAUAGACUGAAGUCCAGAAAUCAUAAUUCCUUUAAAAGUCAAUGAAAAGUUUAUUUAAGAAGGAUGUAAGAAUUGUAUUUGCAUGUAGUGAACACAGUUCUAUUUGCAUUGUAUUGCAGUAAGUAGGUGAAAUUCUGAUUGAGAGAACUUCCUAGACUGGGAAUUUGAAAGCAACUCUUAACUCUUAUUUUUUUCAGUGUAAAUUAGAAAUAGCUGCACUGUAAACAGUAGAGUUACUCUGUCACAGAGAUAGUGUCAGAACAAAACAAAGCCCUAGAGAAGCAGGAACAGAAAGUGAAGGAAAAAGACAAACUGUGUAGGGAGAGGUAACACUGCUAAACAGACUUCACCUGUUCCUUCAAAAUCCAGCCUUUCCUACUUCCUUGGAUUUCUGUGGUUAUAACAAUACCAUCACUGGAAGAAAACUAUUUCAAAAUUAUGAAAGUCAGACUUAGAGGCUUAUGCAAACAAGCAAACACCUAGAAUUAGGCUUCUACAUCCUUAUUCAGGUGUUCAAACAAUGCCAAGUUGCUUGUGCCAGGUGUAGUUCCACUUAAGCCAAUGGGACUAAAUGUGGUUUAAAAUAUUACUGAGACAGAAUAAAAGUCUUAGGAUUUAGCCCUGAAUUGCCUGACUCUGGAAGUUUGAAGUAUCUGUUAGGUCCCUUAGACACUGAUGAAAGUUAUCUCAUCUUUUUUGAAAAUUAGGUCACCUAUUUACAGCUCAGAUCCACAACUGAUUGAUGGCAGCUUAACAAGUUACCAUCUAUCAGCUGAACCACUAUAAUUGUCCGUGAAAUUCUUUCAUUGAAGUUUUUAACAAGUCACAUUCCCUCACAGCUGGGGAGGCCAAGGAGCCCAUGAACUGUUAUUGACAGUGACCACAGCUCAGUUGACAGGUGUGACUUGUUGAACUGAUUUCAUGAAUGCCUCAUUCCCGAGUUGGCACCUAAAGUAUGAAUGGAAGAGCCUAAAUUUGGAGCUACAUCUUUACAGAUCUUAUGCUAGAAGUAUACUUAUCAUUACCUUAGGUGACAAAGAGCUGUGCAUUAUGGUUUGUUUGGAUUCCCCAACAGAGACCUGACAGAUUUGAUUUUGUUUGUUGGCCUGGAUUGCCAUCUAUGGAAUCAGACAGAAAUACAAGUAGGGAAAGUGCAUUGCACUGAGUUUUGUUUGUGUAGAGUUUUAUAUCUUAACACAGGGCUGAAGUGUGUUGCACACAUACAACUCUGUCUGGGCACAUAAGGUCAGUUUUUGUGAUUUGAUUUUUUUUUUUUUUUUUUUGUGAGAUAUCUUCAACACUUAGGAUAUAAUCAGAAGAAGAAUUAGUUGCAGCUACAGGCACUGUAUUCAUAGCUGUGCCUUUUCCAAAUGCAAAAGUAAUUGAAGAGCCAAGUUUCAAUUCACACUGAACAGUGAUCUUCUUGCAAAGCUUUGAAAAGUCAGGUGAGAUUCUUCCACUGCUGAAAUGCCAUCCAGUGACAUGCAUUAGUACCAGUUUACACUCUACCCCUUUGUCUCUUGGAAAAACAGUGGGUGGAGGGAAAGGAAUGGGGAGCAGGAAGUCUUUAGACAGAUUUACCAACAAAGGCCCUGUAUUGACAAGAAACAGUAUGACACAUAGAAAAUCACCUGUAGUGUUUGUGCCUCUCACAUCUUAUAGGAUUGAGCAGUGAAGGUCUGGGUCUUACUUAAUAAAAAGUAGGAGAAAACCUCUUGAAAUUAAAUGAGUGUAACAGAGCAGAGUCAUAGAGGGUGAUGGAUAAAGACAAAGCUUGAUGGAGACCACUUACUGAAGCGCAGGUUUGGUGUGCAGUGGCAGCUUUGGAGACCACUGGCUGAUAAAGUUUCACAAUCACCAACUGCAUGUAUAACUGCAGAGGUGGGAUUUCCUAAGCUAUCCCAAGCUGGGAAUUUCCCCUGAGCCAACAGUGUUUGCCUCAUAAGCUUUAAUUUAAUUUCCUCUGAGAAGUUUAAAACUGGGUUUGAGUGGAGUAAAUAAGAAAAGUCCCCUCCUUCUUUCAACCAAGAGACCUCUGUCUCUCAUGGGAGACCCAUGUCCUGCUUGCUGUCAACCAUGUGUCUUGAGCAGGAGAGUCACUGAGCUGGAGAGCAUGAGUCUGGCGGGAACAUCAUCUAACUGCUGUAAGGACAUACUGUGCCCAGAAACUGAGAGGACUCUGUUAGAGGGGGGGAUCUGGUAAUUACAAUGUUACUGAAGUCCAUUGUCCCUGCUCUUUACAGUAAGGUUCAUGCAGUUUACAUUUAUUUGCCCUACAACGGAGCCCACUACCUCUCCACUCAUGGACGCAGCAUUUUGUGCCCAAUACUGAAUCUGCACCAAUUCAAUGUGCAUUUAUCUAAGAAGUUACUGUGAAAAGACAAAUCCCACAAACCCAAGCAAAACAGGCUUUGUAAGCAGAUCUGUAGUUCAGGUGCAUUUGUAACAAGUGUGCUAGAUAGACUCCUUCAGAAGUGAUGGCUUUAAUUGAAGCGUUCUAGGAAUGUUUCAUGACCAGGUUACUGUACGUUUUGUUUUAUUCUGCAACAUCUGCAGUUCACUUGAUGUUCUUGUGCACUUUUUUUAAAAAUUUUGUUUUCUAUGAAAGCUUUUUCACUUUUACCUCUCCCUCCCCAUUAUUCAUAACAACUAUAGUGGUUUUAACAGUUUCAAUUUGCAUUGUUCCAGUAGAUAGCACUCCCACAUGUCACGUUUCCAUCUUUCAAACAAAGUAUGAAUAAACGCAUAGAUUCUGAUGGGCUAUCAGAUCUCCUGAAUAGCAACACUGAACAACUAACCACACAAUCAGCCAGGAAAAGUCUGAAUUAAUCCAAGCUUGAACAAUUAAUAAUUUUUAUCUUAAUCUCAGGGAUGAGAGAAGAGUAACUACUGCUGGAGAGGACACAGAGUUGCUAUUCUUUGAAAACCUUUUGGAGAGUCGCACACAUCCCCAUUCAGUGAUUCUGAAUAUACUUAACAAUUGUCUUCUGAUCAUUUGUGUUUUACUUUAUGGCUGCUCUAGUUCAGAGCUACAGCACGGGCCACCGCCUGCCCUGGGCUGGGGAGGGUAGUUCCAUGUCACAAACGAUUUUAAGGAUUUUUAUUUUUUUUUAAGUUACAUGAGCCUAAAUCUGAGGGUAAAUGGCAUAAAUAUCUGUGUGCAAGAGAUAAUUUGGAAUGAUUUGGUUCAAUCCUUCAUUGUAACUUUUAAAAAAUGCUAUUGCAUUACAUGGAAAAAUACUAUUGUAUUAUGUGCAACACAUGUUUAAAGAAGAAGCAGUUUAAAUGAAGGAAAAUAGAACAAAGAAAUUAAUAUCCAAAAGGUAGAAACUUAAUUUUAACUCUGUUCUUUCUCUGGAUUUCUUCAGAAAUAAAAUUCCUACAGAGACUAUCCACUUUGCCAAGUAUUUUAAUGUUGAUAGAAAUACAUAUUCUGCUGCAGUACACAGCACUUUCAAAUGUCUUUUCUGAACUCAUGCAGGAAUUCUUGUCCAGAGCAAUCACUGAAAUAACCAUGGUUCGUUCCAUGACCUGCUCUGGCCACUCAGACAAAAUCCAAACCAAUGCUAAGAAGGUUACUUUGCACUGACAACAGGGACUGAGACCGAGUUCAGCAUCUAGCUUCAUCUGGAUUACAACAGUGUCACAAGAGAUAUUGGGGUGACAAAGCACCUCUAUUCCAACCUCAAAAAUUCCUUGCCUACAGCUCUGCAAGUGAAAAGCAAUAGUUCUCCUCCUGUUUUCUCAAAUGGAGUUACUGCCUCUGAUUUCAGUUAAGAGUGGGGUUGUUUUGUUUUGUUUUCUAAAGAGAAAAAGGGAAAUACACCUAAGUAUAUGCAUAUUUGCACUUCUGGAUCAAGAGGUAGCCUUAUGUCUUGAAGCCUUAGUUCACCUCUUUGUCGCUGCACGUUAUUGCAGGCAUGUGCUACCAGAGCAACUUCCUUCUUUCUCUGAUGUCAGAGCAGUCUAUACAGGCUUGCCACAAUAUUCAGUACUGGUAGCAAAGGGAAAGCAAUAAAAGCCAUCUCUGUUUCUAUUUUUGGCCUGCUAGACUAACACAUUACAACCAGAUGUACUUCU